GAAGUCUGAAGUUAGCCGUUUGUCUGCGCAAUGGAUCUUUUAGGAACAAAAUUGUGUACUGCGCAGCUAAUCGGCUAACUUCAGACUCGCCAAGAUACGUCGGCCGCACUGUACUAGGAUAAUAAAUACACAAACAGACAGAUAACUUUUACAAUAUGUACCAUUUAUUUUACAAACAAAUAAAGGUAUUAGAAAUAAUUCUUAACAAUAAAGAUAUCGUAACAUCUCAGAAUACAGGCGAUGUACGAAGAACAAUCUUGAAGAAACGCUUGAAGGAAACUGACUUAUUAACUAAAAUGCCGUAUUACAUAUACUUUGAAAAGAAAUCAGGAGAUUUGACGCAUCUCAGUGAUUAUUUACAAAGUGAUAUUUUGUGUUUAAGCAAAAAUCUUGGACGCGGCGACAGCGCGUCUUUGAGCGCGGCCGGCAGCAAGCGCUCGGCUUUGUCGGCUUCCGACGCCGAGUGUUUUUCGCUGUGCCUGGGUGCCGGGCCUCUGUGCGCUGCCCAAGGUCACCCGCUUUAUCAGAGGACCUUUAUUGAGGCCAGCGAAUGGUACAGCAUGGCCUUUCCACGUGGUCCUGAUGUUCCGGCUCACGGCUCGGCACCGCCCGGAGGGGUGAAUGGCGGGGCCGCGAGCCCCGCUACCCCAUCUACACCCACCCACGACGACAACAACCGUGACUUGUUGAGCGCCCUACUAUGGGCAAGCGCGAGUUCCCUCGCGUCCAGCGCGGAGAGUCUCAUCACCGAGUCCCAGUCUCCCACUCACGCUCACCCAGCUCUCCAUCAGCAACGCAGAGAAGCGGUUAUAAGCAAGAUCUUGGAACGCAAGGACAGGCAGCCGGUGAAAAUCGACUUUAAGAUCUUCCUCACUGAGAACACCGUUACCCGUUGGGAGGCGGUGGUACAAGGCGGCACUAUCUAUCUGCGCAUGCCUGGCGUCCUCCAAUCGGGCAGUAAGGAAAGCUUUAUGCUGCUGCUUGACUUUGCUGAAGAAAGGUUGGGUUGUAACAACUGCAUCAUCUGCGUCCUGAAGAGCCGACCGGACCGCGCCACGAUUCUCCGCACCUUCAUGUUUAUGGGAUUCCAACUACUUCCACCAAACUCCCCCUUAAUGCCGCAAGAAAUCACCAACCCGGAGUACAUAUUCCUGCACUACAACAUGCAGUAACACUCAAAACUUUCGAGUCGCGUUAAGUCGGAAAAACUCACUUAUUCUCAAUAAACCAACUCGAAAAUUUCGAGUAAGAAUUCGGAUUUUGAGUUUAAGGUUCUAAUAAAUCUAGAUGACUCUUAACCGACGUCUCGUUUUCCGACUUUCGUGGACUCGGAAUUUUCGAGUUUUUCGUGUACGUAGCUUCGUUAUCUAGAAACAGUAUUUUGAAAAUCGCACGUUCUUUAAAAUGUUAAUGAAUAUUCACCUGGGCUUGCUUAUAUUAUGGCAACAACAAGUCUGUAGUAUUAGAUACGUAGGGUAUUAUUAUAUGACGUGUUAAUACGAAUUUCUUUUCUUUUCAAACUCUUCUAUUACUCGGAAAUUCCGAGUUGCAACUCAUUUUGAGUGUAAUUUGAGUAGUUCGCUCGCUCAAUGAACUAGAAUUUCAUUGCCUCUAGACUAUUUUGCUAACUUAAAAACUAGCUUUCGUAAAAAUAAAUAAAUAAAAGGAAUUCGAAUUAAUAAAUUUCUAUUAUUUCAGCUUUGAAGUGUACGCUAACUUUGUUUUAUUUUCCAUAAAAACUGACUAUUGUAGGAGUUUCAUUAUUUUAAAUAUUAAGUCGUUUCUUUAACAAUUAUUAUUAUUAUUCUUAAUAUACCUAUAUAUUAUUAUUAAUAUGAUUACUCUAAAACUUAAUGUUAUGUAUUGUCGUCGUGUAUUGUCGCCCGCUCCGGGGUAGAGCAAAAAAAAAUUAAUAAAAAAUAAAAAAUAAAAAAAAAAUACAAUUUUAAUAAUUAAAUGAAACAUUAUUUUAAAAAUAUUUCGGAUUUCAUUACUGUUACUUUAUGUUUGCAAGUCAUUAAAGUUUUUGAUUUUUAACAACUUUUUUUAAUUGAAUAAAAUGACUUGUGGAUAGUAGUUUUUUUCGAAAUAUUUUUUUGUUUUAUUUUUUUGGCGUUCACGGUUUUUGUUUGAUGGGAAGGCGACCGUGGAUGCCUUGUAAGUUAGUAUAAGUAUAGAAGUAGGUAUAAGUGGUUUUACGUUUUAUUUUUAGUAAGUAUUAAUAAAAAUGAAUAAUUGACGUACCUAUAAUGAAAAAAAAAAACUUGGGAUUGAAUUUAUUCUCGUCAAAAUUGUACAUCAGUCGGCCAUCAGACGCAAUUAAAAAACAAACUAAAAUACAAUUUGUCUAUUUUUACAUUUUGGUGGGAAUAUUUUCAUUUUAAAUCUUGUCACCCUAGCCUUUUUGCAGCAACGAUAAGUCCCAUAAUUGUUCAGUAUUUUUUCAUAUGGUCACUCUGUCACAUUUUCGUUUCGGGACACGUUGUGUAGAAUUAAUUGUAAGUCUUAUAUAUAAAUUGAUAAACAAUUAUAGUAAAUAAUAAUCAAACUUAUGUAGUUUUAUUUAAUAUAUAAAUGUGGAUGGAUUGUGUGAGAAGUGAUAUGGAAGACAGAGGAGUUAGCGAUAGCGUGACGAGUGACAGGACAGAAUGGAAGAAAAAAACAUAUUG